AUGGCAGAAGGCAACGAGCUAAAGAAAUCUUCUGAUCGGCAAGAUACCGCAGGCGACAGCGGCGCGACCCAGACAACCAGGAUUUCACUCGGAUCCAGACCAUCCUCAGAGUUCCUCGGCGAGGAGCGCUCGCGCAUCUCGAUCAUCCAAUCUUACGCAGUCCCUUUGCCGGGCCUCGACGACAACCUGGUGUCGUCUUAUUCAGAGGAGGAUGACAAUGACGGGGAGGAUAUUCUCCCCCAGUCGCUGACGGACGACUGGGAGGAGAAAACCGGUCUUUCACAGGAUCGUCCCUCUACCGCCGAAACUGUGAUGAAGCAGAGAGAUUCCCUGGCGGCCGAGGAAACUCGCAAGAUAGGCAACGCACCUUCAAUAGCGUCUCAAAUGUCCCGCCACGGCCACAACCCCCACGAUUCCAUCAGAUCCUCAAUCACCUUCACCAACGGGCCGCGGCCGCCACCAAUCUCCCGGCGGGUAUCUUCCCUACGACAACCCGGCGCCGUAUAUGUAUUCCCACGAGGAGAUCCGAUCUCCCCCACGGUAACCCAGCGUGCUUUCCCUCUCGCCAUGAAGAGGGUCCCAUCAUACACCGUCUCAGAUUCCCACACCCUUCCUAGGAUGGAUGAUGAAGAGAAGGACGACGGGUUUCCUCAGCCGCACUCCGAAACCGCCUCAAUCAUCUCGUCAAUCUUUGCCCCACCACUCCGGCACCUGGCGAGCCAUCCCUCUCUCCACGGGUCCGUAUCGAGCGGUACGCCGCCAACCAGGGGCCGGCAGCAGCAGGGCCCCACACCCAUCACGGAGCAGAGACAUCCCGGCAAGGCCGAUGCCCGGAUCAGUCGCUUCACAAAACCACUGGAGCUGGACACGAACGAGGAUGAUGGCAAGGAUGAUUUGCGCCACGUAAGACAUACUGACAAGGCGAGGGAUGAGAAGCACAGCACCGUGUCGCAGUCGUCGGAUGAAGAGGGUGAAGGGGAGCAAUGGGUGCAAGGGUGGCCACUUACGUUCCUGGCGAUUGGGCUCUGUCUCGUGGUGUUCUUGAUCUCGGCCGAUCGUACCAUUCUCACAACUGCCAUCCCACACAUUACAACAGAAUUCCAAUCCACGGCAGACAUUGGCUGGUACGGCUCGGCCCAUCUCCUCACGACCUGCGCCUUCCAGCCCGUUUUUGGCAGAGUCUUUAUGCUCUUCUCCGUAAAGUGGUCAUACGUGCUGGCUACUUCCAUGUUCCUGGUCGGAUCGCUCGUCUGCGGCCUCGCUCCGGACUCUAUCACCCUCAUCGUGGGCCGUGCCGUGGCUGGCUUCGGCAGCGCCGGAAUUCUCACCGGCAGCUUUGUCGUCGUAGCCACAGCAGUUCCUUUGCGGGUGCGUCCGAUGUACACGGCGAUCGUCGGAUUGAUGUUCGGCCUUGGCGCAACGGUCGGUCCUCUGCUCGGAGGUGUCUUUACUGACCUCGUUACUUGGCGAUGGUGUUUCUACAUGAACCUCCCCAUCGGUGGCUUCGCUCUCAUCGUCUUCCUUUUCUUCUUUCACCCUCAGCGGCACCCGCGAGGCAAACAAACCUUCUUUGACAGGAUCCUGGACCUCGACAUGGUAGGCAACGUGCUCCUGCUCGGAGCCUGCAUAAUGCUCUUCCUGGCCCUCGAAUACACCGCCCAGGGCGAGGCUUGGUCGACCGCCAGGAUCAUUGGCCUUAUCUCCGGAGCCGGCGUGACGGCCGUCAUCUUCGCGGCAUGGCAGUGGUGGAAGCAGGACGGCGCAUUGAUCCCGCCCGCCAUCAUCACCCAGAGGACGGUGGCAGCCUCCUGCGUCGCAGCCUUUGCCACGUACGGAGCGCUUCUCAUCCACGCAUACUUCCUCCCCAUCUGGUUCCAGGCGAUCCGCGGGGAGAGCGCCAUCUCCUCAGGCGUGGACAUGAUCCCCUACGUAGCCGCCAUCGCCCUCUUCUCCCUCCUCGCGGGCGUCUUCGUCUCUGUCGUGGGCUACUUCGCGGCCCCAGCCAUCAUUGGCGGCGUGAUCGCGACAGCCGGGUGCGGACUGCUGCGGCUGCUGUCGCCCGACACGCCGACUGCGCACUGGGUCGGGUUCGAGAUCCUCGUCGCGGCGGGCUUCGGGAUGGCCAUACAGCAAGGCUUCACCGCGGUGCAAGCCGUCCUGCCGCCCGACGAGGUCCCCAUCGGCACCGCGGCGGUUGUGGCGUCGCAGUCCCUCGGCGGCGCCAUCUUUAUCUCUGUGGGGAACGCGCUGUUCCAGAACCAUCUGCUGCAGGCUUCGGCGGAAAACGCGGUGCCGGCCGUGGAUAUCCGGGUGGUGCUCGGGGCCGGGGUGGCGGCGUUCCGCACGGCCGUGCCGGCCGGCGCGCUCCCGAUGAUGCUUACUCUGUACAAUGAAGCUCUGCGAGUGGCUUUCACUGCUGCGAUUCCGUUGGCAGGCGUAUCGGCCAUUGCGGCUUGUUUCUUGGAAUGGAAGUCGCGCGGCAACGUGCUCCGCAACAGCAGCGUCAAGAAGCAGCAGGUGUCGACUGGAGCUGCGCCGGGCAUCGGGGCGGGCAUCGGGGCGCCGCUGGCACUGGCGAUUGGAGCUCUGAUCGUUAUGCUGUUGCGUGAGGAGAAGAAGACGAGGGUGGCGUUGUCGAGCCAGAUGGUCAUCGGGACGGGGAUGGGGAUGGGUACGUCGGAGUGGACGGCGUAUGUGCCGGUUGAGAUUCACGGCCAGCCGGUACCGAAUGAGUUGUCCAACAACCAUGACAGGAGACAUGGGCUUUCUGGACAUGGACGCUAG